AGUGUGGCUCCCACUCCAAGAAAACCUCUCUGGGGUGCCACUAUUGGUUUAUAAUCGUGAUUCCUCUGGGAUUUUACACCUAGUCCUCAAAGGAACUAGUGGCAUUCUUUUCAUCUGCCUUGGCCCCUUUGCUCACUUGGCAGAACUCAGACCAGCUCUUGGGUGAAAAGGCCAGAGGGCUCCUGUUAAGCCCCGAUUUCAGCUUUAGGAUUGUCCUGACUUACCCUGCUUGAGAUCCACGUGCAAACAUGACAACCACAUCCAACAGCAGCAUUUUGGGUGGCAAGGUUUCUUCCUCGCCCCUCAUAUCUUCUCCACCCCGGCAACGCCUAGUCACCAAAGAUGGACACUGUGCCCUUCGUCCACCUCUGUGCUCUUCAGGCUUGCAGCGCAGGGCCUUGGGCAGAGCUUGGUUACUGGCCUUGCAGGAUUUGUGGGGACUGUUGGUGGGUCUGCGCUGGAGAUGGGUCCUGCUGGCCUUCUGCACCUCUUUCCUGGCCCACUGGCUGCUGUUUGCCUGCCUGUGGUACUUGCUGGCCCACUUCAACGGAGACCUGGUGGUGCAGGAUCAUGAUGCCCCCCCACAGGGGCAUGUGGUUUGCGUAAAGCACAUAACCAGCUUCACUGCUGCUUUUUCCUUUUCCCUGGAGACACAGCUGACCAUCGGCUACGGCACCAUGUUCCCCAGUGGAGACUGUCCCAGUGCCAUAGCACUGCUGGCUGUGCAGAUGCUGCUGGGGCUUAUGCUGGAAGCAUUCAUCACAGGUGCAUUUGUAGCCAAGAUUGCACGUCCCCAGAAGCGAGCAGGAGCCAUCCAGUUCAGCCCCCAGGCGGUGGUGGGCCAAAACCAGGGCCAGAUGUGCCUCAUGCUACGGGCCACCAACCUGCUGCAGCGACCUCUGGUGGAUGUAAAAAUGAGUGCUGUGCUCUAUGAGGAGCAUGAAGGUCAGGCUCUGCACCAGACCUCUCUGGACUUUCACUUGGAUCAUUUAGGCCAGCAGCCCUGUCCAUUCUUCAUCUUUCCACUCACCUUUUACCACCCCUUGGACCGCCAGAGCCCCCUCUAUCCUGCCCUGUGUGAGGGCACAUCCAAUCACUUUGAGUUGGUGGUCUUCCUGUCAGCCUUGCAGGAGGGAACUGGUGACUCCUGCCAGAAGAGGACCUCCUACCUGCGCCAAGAAAUCCAGUUUGAGCGUCGCUUUGUACCUGCCUUGGGGUUGGAUGCUCAUGGGAGGUACAUUGUGAGCCCCCAGCACUUUGACACGGCUCACUCAAAAGAGCCUUUUAACAAGGACUGUGUGGUGCAGAUCAAUGGUGAUGGCAACGACAGGAUGGAGUAAAAAUUCUGAAGGGCAGGUCUCAUAGGGACAGAUAAGAGUUUCUAAGGGAUAACUGGGGUGGGUAACA